AUGCAAAACCACUCACCCUUUUUUCCUCAAAAUCUGUUUUCUGGGUUUUCUUCAAGUUUUUCUGCAAAUAAAGUUCCUGAAACAGGCUUUGUGAAUGUGAUUCUCCCUUAUGCAGAGGUAACCUGGAAUCAAGAUGAUGUUAUUGGAAAUGAAGUGAAAUUGGCAAGUGAAAGUUUUGAUCUAAGAGAGAGGAGAGAGAAAGGCCAGUCCAAUGGCUAUUUGAUCAAGGGUCAGUGGACAGAAGAAGAAAAUGGGAAAUUGACAAAGUUAGUAAUGCAAUAUGGUUCAAAAAGUUGGGCUGUGAUAGCUGAGAAAAUGGUGGAGAGAGCCGGACAGUGUCGUGAGCGAUGGCUUCAUCAUUUGCGUCCUGAUAUCAAGGUUUAG